GUGUGUGUUUGCACGGCUGUGUGUGCAGUUCCCUUGUGCACGUGUGCAUGUGCUUCCUUGCACAAGUGUGGGUUUGCACGCAUUUGCAGUGCUGGGUGCUGCACACACACAGGUGUGUGUGUGCAGCACCCAGCACUGCACACCCUUCACCCCAUGUACGCACGUGUGCACCACCCACAUGCGUGUGCGUGUACACCCUGCCAGCCGGGGGCCUGGCAUGUGUCCCAGCGCUGCCACCAAGGGGUUAAGCUGGGGGGGCAGACAUGCCCGCCCCCGGGACCCUGUUCUGUUUGCUCCCCCCACAGCUGUGAGCUGCUGUGGCCAUACUGUGCCAUGGCUAUAAGGGGCCGUGGCUGUAAGUGGCUGUGGCUAUAAGGGACUGUAGCUAUAAGGUGCCAUGGCUACAAGGUGAUGUGGCUAUAAACUGCCGUGGCUAUAGGGUGCCGUGGCUAUAGGGUGAUCUGGCUAUAAGCUGCAGUGGCCAUAGGGUGAUGUGACUGUAAAGUGCCGUGGCUAUAAGGGGCUAUGGCUAUAAUUUCCUAUGGCUUUAAGUUGUGGCUAUAAGCUGCUGCGGCUAUAAGGUGGCAUGUCUAUAGGGUGAUGUGACUAUAAGCUACUGUGGCUAUAAGGUGCUGUGACUAUAGGGUGCUAUGGCUAUAAGGUGCCAUGGCUACAGGGUGGUGUGACUAGAAGGUGCUGUGGCUAUAGAGUGCCGUGGCUAUAAGUGGCGAUAGCUGUAAGGUGCCGUGGCUAUAGAGUGCUGUGGUUAUAAGGGGCCAUGCUAUAAGUGGCUGUAUCUAUAAGGUGCCAUGGCUAUAAAGUGCUGUGGCUAUAAGCUCCUGUGGCUCUAAGCUGCAGUGUCUAUAAGCUGCCGCGGCUACAAGGCGGCGUGUCUAUAAUCUGCUCUCUCCAUAAGCUGCCGUGUCUAUAAACUGCCGUGUAUAUAAGGUGCUCGGCUAUAAGGUGCUGGGCUAUAAGUUGCUGGGGCUGACGGUGCAGUGUCUCCGAGGUGCUGUGCACGGUGGGAGCCAUGUGGGCCACGCUGCUGCUGCUGCUGCUGGCCCUGGGCACACUGGCCCUGGGGUUGGUGGCCCACCGGCUCUUAGCCCCGGCUGACAACCCCUUUGCCAGGCCACCCCCGGGGCCACCCCGGCCGCUGGUGACGGACCCGCGCGCCCGCGACAAGGUCCUCAAACGGGGGUUCAGCGCCCACCGGGUGCCACCGGAGCUGGACGCCGUGGUCAUCGGCAGCGGCAUGGGGGGGCUGGCGGCGGCGGGAACACUGGCCAAGGUGGGCAAGCGGGUGCUGGUGCUGGAGCAGCAUGACCAGGCUGGGGGGUGCUGCCACACCUUUCAGGAGCGGGGCAUCGAGUUCGACGUGGGCAUCCACUACGUGGGGCAGAUGCACGAGGGCAGCAUGCUGCGUGUGGCGCUGGACCAGCUGACGGACGGGCAGCUCUGCUGGCAGCGCCUGCCCGACCCCUACGACGAGGUGACCCUGGGUCCUCGGCGCUACCACCUCCGCGCUGGCAAGUUGGCCUUCGCCACUGCCCUGGAGGAGCAGUUCCCCGCCGAGAAGGCGGCCAUCAAGGAGUUCAUGAGGCUCUCCAAGAUGGCCUCCCGUCACGUGGCACUGCUGGCGGUCCUGAAGAUGGUGCCGCGGUGGUUGGCCACCUUCCUGGUCCGCACCGGCCUCAUCUACUGCAUCUCGCCCGUCUUCCGCAUGGCGGCCACCAGCCACAGCGAGGCCGUGGCCCAGCUGACGACUGACCGUGAUCUGCGUGCCCUGCUCAGCUACCUCUUCUACGGCACGGCCCCACGGGACUCCAGCUUCAUGGUGAACGUGCUGAUGGUGCACCACUACCAGCGGGGGGCCUGGUACCCGCGGGGGGGGGCCAGUGAGAUCGCCUUCCACAUCGCGCCCCUCAUCGGGCGCGCGGGGGGGGCUGUGCUGGUGCGCGCCCCCGUCACCCGCAUCCUCGUCUCCUCCGCUGGCACUGCCGUGGGGGUGGUGGUGCAGAAGGGGCCGAGCGAGGAGGAGGUGGAGAUCUUCGCGCCCCUGGUCAUCUCCGAUGCCGGCGUCUUCAACACCUUCAGCAAGCUCCUCCCCCCCCCGCUCCGCAGCCACCCAGGUGUGCGCUCCCGCCUGGCCAUGGUGCGGCACGGCAUGGGGUCCUUCCUGGUGUUCGUGGGGCUACGGGGCAGCGCGGCCGAGCUGGCCCUGCCAGCCACCAACUUCUGGAUCUACCCCCACAAUGACCUGGAUGGCAUGAUGACCCACUACGCCUCCCUGAGCCGUGAUGACGUCCCCGACAACCUGGCCAUGAUGUUCAUCACCUUUCCCGCUGCCAAGGACCCCACCUACGAGCAGCGGCACCCAGGCUGGUCGUGCAUGACCAUCCUGACCAUGGCGCGGUACGAGUGGUUCGAGGAGUGGGCUGGGACCCGCGCCAAGCACCGGGGCCCCGAUUACCAGCAGUACAAACUGGCCAUCGCCCAGCGCCUGGUGGAGCGGGCACUGCAGCGCUUCCCCCACCUCCGUGACAAGGUGGAGUUCGUGGAGGCGGCGUCGCCCCUCACCAACCAGCACUACCUGGCGGCUCCCCGCGGGGAGAUGUACGGCACCGAGCACGACGUCGGCCGCUUCAGCCCGGCUGUGGUGGCCGCUAUGAGAGCCGAGACGCCUGUGAAGAACCUCUACCUGACGGGGGGUGGCUGUGUCCCACCACAGCUUGUCCCCAGGGCAGGACGUGUUCAGCUGUGGGCUGGCGGGGGCCCUGCAUGGGGGGCUGAUCUGUGCCUCCGCCGUCCUGGGCCGCCUGCUCUACCUGGACCUGCUGCUCCUCAAGAAGAAGAUCAAGCGGUGCCAGGGCCGGCAAGUGGCGUGAGCGGCCAGGGACACGGGCCGUGGGGGUGGCCCCGUGCCAGGGAGCGUGGGGCCCACCCAAUAAACCCCCACCACCCCCCAGCCUGGGUCUGUCUCUUGGGAUGGGAAGGGGAUGGAAAUAGGACGGGAUGAGAUGGACUAGGAUGGGGAUAA